GAGCCCGCGCACGGCGACAGCAGCUCGACAUGGGGGGCUUCUUCUCCACCAUCUUUUCCAGCUUGUUUGGGACUCGAGAGAUGAGGAUUCUGAUCCUGGGACUGGAUGGAGCAGGAAAAACAACCAUUCUCUACAGGUUACAAGUUGGAGAAGUGGUUACCACCAUUCCAACCAUUGGCUUCAAUGUUGAGACUGUGACAUACAAGAACCUGAAAUUUCAAGUGUGGGACUUAGGAGGACAGACAAGCAUAAGGCCCUACUGGCGCUGUUACUACUCCAACACGGAUGCUGUCAUUUACGUGGUGGACAGCUGUGAUCGAGACAGGAUUGGCACCUCCAAAUCAGAGCUCGUUGCUAUGUUAGAGGAAGAAGAGUUGAAGAAAGCCAUUUUGGUGGUCUUUGCAAAUAAGCAGGACAUGGAACAGGCCAUGACUCCCACAGAGAUGGCAAAUGCUCUUGGCUUGCCAGCUUUGAAGGACCGCAAGUGGCAGAUAUUCAAAACCUCUGCCACUAAAGGCACAGGGCUUGAUGAAGCAAUGGAGUGGUUGGUGGAGGCCUUGAAGAGCAGGCAGUGAGAGAAAGCUGACCACCUGCAAAGACAUCUCAGCUGCAUCCACCAUCCCUCUUUCUGCAGUCCAAAAGUGUUUUCAGGCCACAACUCUUUGUAAAUAAGACAAAUUUGGAGUUUGAUUUCUGGAAGGUGGAUGCCUCUCUUGAAUUGCAAAACUGAACUAAGUGAAUGUCCCUUGUCCAUUAUGAUGACAUUCCAGUUCUUUCUUUCUGUUUAAAGGAUGUACUUAUGUUAAUUUGUAUGAAAGUCUUACUGACUGGGAAGGUUUUGGGGUGUUUUGUGGUUUGUUAUUUUGGUGUUCUCCCUCCCCUUUGGUGGUUUUGAGUAGUUACUCUAUUUGUGUAAGUGCAACACUAAUAAAAUCUG